AUGCGCUUACUGUGGGGAUUCAAGAUCGCGCACAGUCCCAAUGCAAAAUUGCCUCUAGACCCACGCAACUUCGCUGGGGAGAUGCCUGGUAACCCAGGCGAGCAAAUGCCAGUCACUGUAGUGGUCCGUGAUGGAAAGACACGCAGUAUCAUCAAUCAAGCAUUCAAAGAAGCAGUUGCGAGUCGUGUCCAGCUGGAACCGCUUGCCUGA